AUGGCUUUACUAGAGGAGGAGACCCAGCAACUUCAACAGAGCGCAUCAGCAUUGGUUUUUGAUGGCCUUUUCUGUGAAGAAGAGGGCUUUGAGGGGGAUUAUGAGGAAAGAAGUGAAAUUUAUGUUCAGAAAGUGAGAAAGGAGACAUCUUUAUCUUCUGUUUUGCUUCAACAAGAUUUGUAUUGGGAAGAUGAUGAGUUGUUGUCUCUAAUCUCGAAAGAAAAAGAGGCCCAUUUGAGUCUUAAUAAUGCAGUAUUCUCUGAUGGGUCUUUGAUGGUUGCUCGUGCGGAGGCUAUUGAGUGGAUUUUAAGGGUGAAGUCACAUUACGGGCUCACUCCUUUAACUUGUGUUCUGGCUAUGAAUUACUUUGAUAGGUUUCUUUGCAGUUUAAGGUUUCAAAUUGAUAAGCCAUGGAUGGGUCAACUGGCUGCUGUUGCUUGUUUGUCUUUGGCUACCAAAGUGGAGGAGACCCAAGUGUUUCUUCUUUUGGACUUGCAAGUGGAGGACUCAAAAUUUGUGUUCGAAGCAAAGACUAUAAAAAGAAUGGAACUUCUGGUGCUGUCUACGCUUCAAUGGAGAAUGCAUCCUGUGACCCCAAUUUCCUUUUUUGAUCACAUCAUAAGGAGGCUUGGACUAAAGACUCACUUGCACUGGGAAUUUCUGUGCGGUUGCGAGCGUUUGCUUCUCUCUGUCAUUGCUGAUUCAAGAUUCAUGCGUUAUCUUCCUUCUAUAUUAGCUACUGCAAUAAUGCUACAUGUCAUUAAGGAGGUUGAGCCACGUAAUCACUUAGAGUGCCAGAAUCAGCUAAUGGCCGUACUGAAAAUCAGUGAGGAUGAAGUGAAUGGAUGUUACAAGCUCAUUACAGAGCUUUCAGGCGCCCUAAGCCAAAGCAACAAACGCAAGCAUCUGUCUCCACCCAGCAGCCCAAAUGGUGUCAUUGAUGCCACUUUGAGCUCUGACAGCUCGAAUGACUCGUGGUCUGUUGCAUCAACUGUUUCAUCACCAAUCCUUCAGUCCAAGAGGAGCAGAGUCCAGGAUUUGCAGAUGCAGUUGCCUUCCCUAAAUAGUAUGUUGGUGGACGUGCUUGGCAGUCCUCGUUAA